AUGAGGAAAGAGAAAGAUAAAAAAAAAAAAGAGGUGAUCAUCUUGGAUGUGUGGAGGAGGAGCAGCACAGGGAUGGGAGCGAAAUGAGAUCUUUUAGGUUGUAGCUGCGUUUUCUUUUACCUGCCUGACGACGACGACGACUGCACGUUCAUGGGUGGACCGGACUCAAAGAGGGACCAGUGUUAGGACUCUGCAGCACCACGGACAGCGACAAUGACGCGGCUCCGCAGGAAGGCUCUUGUGGCACUUUUCCUCUUCACGCUCUUCAUAUUCGGGGCCAUGAUGGGACUCAGGACGCUGAAACCCAGCGACGGCUUCUCAGACCUGGCCCCCGGUAUUGACUUCAUCGGGGAGAGAUCCGACAGGAGGAGGCUUGAUGUGAAAGACGUGGCUGCGUCGCCGGGUCACUUCCACAUGGGCAGCAGCGACACUAAAGUGGUUUUCACCAAAUCAGACCGAGAUUACAGCAUAUUUUAUGACGUGCACAUCUUCUACUACCUGUGGUACGGAUCUCCCAGCAUGGACAACAAGUACAUUCACUGGGAUCAUGUGCUGGUGCCACACUGGGAUCCCAAGAUCGCAGCCAGUCAUGCCCAAGGAAGGCACACACCUCCAGAAGACAUUGCAUCAAGUUUUUACCCUGAGCUUGGACCCUACAGCUCCAGGGACCCAAAGGUGCUGGAGUCACACAUGGCCCAGAUAGAAGCAGCUGCAGCAGGGGUGCUGGUGUUGUCCUGGUAUCCUCCCGAGGUGGCAGACGACCACGGGGAGCCCACAGAGGACAUGGUUCCUGCUGUCAUGGACGCGGCCCACAGGCACAGCAUCAAGGUGGCCUUUCACAUACAGCCAUACAAAGGACGGACGGACCAGAGCAUGCAUGACAACAUCAAAUACAUCAUCGACAAGUAUGGAAAGCAUGGCGCCUUCUACAGAUUCAGGUCCAGCACAGGGCGAGUCCUGCCUCUGUUUUAUGUCUAUGACUCCUACUUGAUGCCACCAGAGUCCUGGGCAGAGCUCCUGACAACCAAAGGCUCCCACAGCAUCAGAGGCACGCCUUACGAUGGCGUCUUUGUCGCCCUCAUUGUUGAAGAGCGCCACAAACAUGAAAUCCAUGCUAGUGGGUUUGAUGGCAUCUACACCUACUUUGCCUCUAACGGCUUCUCCUUUGGCUCGUCCCACCAGAACUGGAAAGCCAUCAAGACCUUCUGCGAUGCAAAUAAUCUGCUAUUUAUUCCCAGUGUUGGUCCAGGGUACGUGGACACAGCUGUUCGGCCAUGGAACAACCACAACACCAGGAAUCGGGUUAACGGACGUUACUACGAGACAUCUUUGCAGGCAGCUUUGUCUGUCAGACCAGAAAUCGUCACCAUUACCUCCUUUAACCAAUGGCACGAAGGCACGCAGAUAGAGAAAGCUGUACCCAAGAAAACUGUGACCCGUUUGUACCUAGACUACCAGCCCAACCAACCAGACCACUACUUAGAGCUCACUCGCCAAUGGGCGGAGAACUUCAACAAGGAGAAGGACAAGUGGUUGAUGUGAGAAAGGCUUUAUUUCUUUGGUAGAUGCCCUGAGCAUGACCAGAAAUGACAUUAAGUCAGCGCUGUUAAAAGACGACCCCUUUACGUUCACCUGAUUUUCUCCAACUCUGAGCACUUCUGAUCAGAUUACCCCAAAAAUGUUCACUCUACCCUUACUGUUUUUAAUCACUAACAUUUUUUGUACAGGUUAAUAUGUCACUGAUGUGUUGAAGCUACAAGGUCACAAUGACGGACAGCCAAUCAUUGUUUCCCGAUAACAACUCUGUUCUGUAUCAUCGAGAAAAUAUGGCAAUGUAUAGUAACUCUGCUCUGUAGGAGUUUUUUUUCUUUUCUUAUUUUCUUAUGAUGAAAGACUUUUUUCCUGUAUUUCUUCAAAGACAAAUUAAAAUUUGUGUCUGUUUA